GUCCCUCCUCUGAAGUAGUCGUCAAACUCUAAUCUUCAAUAUCUUGACAGAGAACAGCUGGGGCUGAAGAGUAGCUUAGAUCAAGUUUAAAAAGGUUUUAAAACAGAAAUCUUCCCGCGGAUAUAUCAUUUGCGCAUACAAGAAUCCCCUCGGCAAUGAAGCUCCACUUUCUCGUCACUACCGCCGCAGCGCUGCUCAUUGCCUUCCCACCGCGCAUGAACGAGUGCCGAGCAUUGGACGGUCCUGACCAGCGAGCCUCCCUCUCCUCCCCCUCCGCGCUCGAAGAGGAGGAAGACCAGAGGCGCACACGGCCCAUUUGGGCACGGCUGGGAGAGGAAUACUUCAUCCGGGUGGGCAACGGAAAUCAGCGCGAGUCCGAGCCUGAGACGCGCCCCGAACCGGCGUCAGCGGUGUUCAAACGCGCUCUGCAGCUCAGGCUCACGCAGCAUCUGCUCCGCGAAGAGGACGAGGUCGCCGAGGCGGCCCGCGGGCUGCGCGACGCCCAAGCAGACAGACCACGGCGCGCCGAGGAGCCGCCCAUCUCCCUGGACCUGACCUUCCACCUGCUGCGGGAGGUGCUGGAGAUGGCGAAGGCCGAGCAGCUGGCGCAGCAGGCGCACAGCAACCGGAAAAUGAUGGAGAUUUUCGGCAAGUAGCCUAAAAUCUGACAAAGAGGAUUUUUUUUUUUUACAUUUAGCACAAACCAUAACAUCCUGUACCACAGUGCUGCUUUUCCAUCCUAAUGUAUUUAUAUAUAUUGUAUUAUUUAUUUGUAGAAAGAAAUAGGAGAAUGAACAUGGACACUGGUGUCACUUUCCAUAAUUGCUGUGCAAAUGCUAAAUCAAAACUGUAGCAUAAAAACGACGGUACAUUACUUUUCUUUUAAAAACAAAAAAGAAGGAAAAAAUAAAAAUAUUUUCAGAGUACUGUACUGAGAAAUUGAUUUUAUCUGGACAGAUAUCCAGUUUCAUUGUACCUUAUAAAAUACACUGUAAGUUUGUUAAUAAACUAAUGAGCAAACAGUAAUUUUCUGUUGUGCAAGAGAAUGUUCUUAUUUUUAUAUUUUUCAAUAAAACAUUAAAAGACAUUUUUUCACUUCUUGUCUAGAUUUUUGAUGUAUGACCAUAGUUGCUAAUAAAUGUUAAUACAAUUGCAAAAAAACAAAAUACCCCAGCUCUUUCUUCCUAGCGCUCCAUAGACUCUUGUAUCUUCAUAAUACCGAAAUAUCAUUAAAUAUUCUCAUGGCCGAGACAUUACACCGAUGGAAAGAGCAAAACAGUGUGACUCAGUCCUGAGUGUGUGAACACAAACUUGACACAUCAGACAGAUAAGCAAGAUAAACAACCCACAUCAUUUUAUGCCUUUUAGACUUUCAUCUGAAGGUAAGCCAUCAGAAAAUUGACCAAUACAUAGAAAUGCUUGCAUAUAAAUGGGCUAUCUGACACCUAUAUUGUAGAUAAUCGUGUCCUCAAUCAUACCUUCACUGCACGGGUCAUUUUAACACCUCACAUCCAAACCACAGACAAAUCCUCUGAGAGCAAUUCAUGCAGGAGAAAGAAAAAAAAUCUUUUCAGGGGGAAAAAUAGAAUUGUCCUACACAAAGCACCGAAUUUCAGUCCUGAUAAAUCACAUCUGGAUUUCUGUAACGACAACUCGCAUUAUAAUCUAUAACUUCAGGACAUCCUGUUCCUGACAGAGCUAUCAAAGUGGAGUAUAGAACCAGAAUUCCUUCAAUUUUUUGGAAAAAAAAAAACCCAGCCUCCGAAUUCUUCAUGACUACUAAAUAAAGGCUGUUGUAAUUACUAUAUGUUCCUGCUGUGCUCCUUGAACUGAGGUCAACACAUUCAAAUAAUCUGGUGUGAUUCAUUAUGCUGUUUGCAGCAUCUGGAGACCUUCUCUGAAGACAAGCACUGGAUUAUAGUUCGCAUGAGUUCUCUCUAAUCUAUUCCACUCCAGUUAAACAAACCAGGACAAAGCACAUCACAUCACUCAAACAUUGUAUUCAUACCAGAAUCAACAGGGUGAGUAGUGCUAACAAAUAUCAGACCAUGCAGACAGGGUUUUCCCAGAGAUCUCUGGACCUCAUUAGGAUCAGCGUUAAAGAUGACAGAAACCCCGUUCCCUCAUUUCACCCAUUUCAUAAUGGAGAGGUUACGCAACAGCAUGAUUCUUUCAUUCAGCUCAUUCAUCUACCACUUCCUUACAGUUAACCCGCAUCAGAGACGGCUUUUACGGGGCAGCGGGAGAUUACUUCCACACCGACCCGCAGAGUGUGAAGUCUCCAGGAAAAAUGAUUAGACGUAUGUUUGGUGACAUGAUGAGAAGAAAAGUGUGCUCAACACAUCCUUCGAGUGCACAGAGAGAUAAUUAUGGAGUAAUUAACAUGAAUUACUGAAACAUGUUAUCAUCUACAUCAGUGACA